AUGGGAGGGGGUACAGCCAACAACGAUGAGUCUACCGAUCACAGAGGGCUGUUUUCAAAUAUUGCUGGAUUUGCUGCUGGACACAUGGCACGGCCUGGAUCACACCAUGGAUAUCCCCCAGAUGGAUAUCCUCCCCAACAUGGGUACCCUGCUCAAGGUGGAUAUCCUCCCCAAGGUGGGUACCCUCCUCAAGGUGGUUACCCUCCUUCCGUUGGCUACCCUCCAUCUGGGUAUCUUCGCGGACCUCCCCCCGCUGGAUAUCCACAAACGGCCUAUCCCUCCCCUAGUGGAUAUCCACCAGCCGGUUAUCCAGGUCAUGGAUCACCAGGUAUGGGAAUGGGGGCCAUGUUAGCUGGGGGUGCUGCUGCCGCAGCUGCUGGCUACGGAGUUCACCAUCUUGUGCAUGGGAGCCACCACGGUGGAAGACAUGGUCACGGCGGCUAUGGGGGCUUUGGUCAUGGAAAUUUCAAACAUGGGAAACACGGAAAAUUUAAGCUCGGUAAAUUUGGCAAGCUUGGAAGUUCAAGAAAUGGAAGUAAGAGUUCAUCUAUUGGAUGGUGA